GCCCAUUUCAUGACCCAAGUUGGAAACAGCACAAAUUCAAGUUUGAAUUUCAGAGUGAAGGUAGUUUUACUUCCUUGAAAAUAUGCAUUCUAGUUUUUAGAAUAUAGUUUCUUAACACUGCCCUGACCAAAGAAAAAAGGUUUUAAAAUGGCAGAGUUCCUGAUUAAGGAACAUUGUUCUCAGCCUCUCUGUUCUUCCAGCAGAGACCAGCAUCCCUGCAAAACAAUUCUGUUGCCAAAAUGUUCUUGAUAUAUUAUAAAGUAUGUAACCACAGACUUGCUGGCAGCUGGAAUUGUGCAGUCUUUAUAGGCAGACUUAAAGAGCUCUCAGGAAUAAAUGACCAUCUGUUACAGAUAAAACUAAAGCAACUUGAAGCUAAUUAUUCAGAAUAGUUGUCAUACCUGUCUUUGAAUAGUGUUUUUAAAAAGGGCAGCCAUUUCUGUGUAAACAUUAAUUGCAGACCUGUCUCAUUCUAUGAAGGAAAGCGUGUUUUUACAAGAUGUUACUUUAAAAGGAAGAAAUAGGAGGAGCACUGACUUUCAGUAGAAAGACUUGGGCUGUUUCUAUUAUUCAUUUGGGUCACUGAGGGUUACAGUAUGGAACGCACAAUAUGAUGCAACUUUCCUGCUUGUUUUCAAGUUGGAUUACUGAGGCUGACUGGAGGGACAUUUGUGCUUAAUUCAGUUAGUUCACUUUCCUACGUGGAUUAGUAGCCCAUUCUAAUGAAGUCCUGUUAUCUGGUGCUUCUACUCAGUCCCGUGACUUAAGACUUGACUUGCUGGAUCAGCAACUUCCAGAUGCCCUUUGGCAUGUAAUGAUAGUUGAGGAUGCCAGCCCCUUGGCAAAUAUGCUGCAAUAAGAAAUCCAAAACUAAGCAUGGAGGAGCUGAAAUGGACAGUAUGGAAGAGACAAGUGAAAAAAUGCAGAUGAAAAAAGAAAUCACAUUGCUUAAUGGAGUUUCUUUAAUUGUAGGGAACAUGAUUGGCUCUGGGAUAUUUGUAUCACCCAGAGGUGUUCUAAUGUACAGUGCUUCCUAUGGACUCUCUCUAGUCAUCUGGGCGCUUGGUGGGAUGUUUUCACUGUUCGGAGCUUUGUGUUACGCUGAAUUGGGAACAUCCAUCAUUAAAUCUGGAGCCAGUUAUGCCUAUAUUUUGGAAGCAUUUGGUAGCUUUGUGGCCUUCAUCAGACUCUGGUCUUCCUUACUAAUUAUUGAACCAACAACUCAGGCAGUGAUAGCAAUCACGUUUGCCAACUAUAUUGUUCAACCAAUUUUCCCUCAUUGUGAGCCACCAUAUGAUGCAGUCAGGUUGAUUGCAGCUGCUUGUAUAUGUUCCUUAACAUUUAUUAAUUGUGUCAAUGUAAAGUGGGGUACCCGUGUACAAGAUGUUUUCACUUACGCAAAAGUUAUGGCCCUUUUCUUGGUGAUAUCUGUUGGCCUUUACAAAAUUGGUAAAGGAGAAACAGAAAACCUGAGAGCCCCAUUCGAGGGCUCGGCAACAAACCCAGGGAUGAUUGCUUUGGCUCUCCACUCUGCGCUCUUCUCCUACUCAGGAUGGGACACACUCAACUACGUCACCGAGGAAAUGCAGAAUCCUCAGAGGAAUCUACCUCUUUCUAUUGCAAUUUCAAUGCCUAUUGUGACUGUUAUUUAUUUGUUGACUAACAUAGCAUACUAUGUAGUGUUGGACAUGUCGGCCCUCCUCACAAGUGAUGCAGUGGCUGUGACAUUUGGUGGUGAAACCCUUAGUUAUGCUAAGUGGAUAAUUCCUAUAGCAGUGGCCAUGUCUUGCUAUAGUGGCUUAAACUCAUCAAUAAUUGCAGCAUCGAGGCUAUUUUAUGUUGGAGCCAGAGAAGGACACCUCCCUGACAGUCUGAGCUUGAUUCAUGUAAAGUGUUUCACACCAGUCCCUGCUCUCCUCUUCAAUGGCUUAAUGACUUUGAUUUAUCUCCUUGUGGAAGAUGUUUUCCUCCUCAUUAAUUACUACUGCUUCAACUACUGGCUUUUUGUGGGUCUGUCUAUUGCAGGAUUAAUUUAUUUGAGAUACACUCAGCCACAUCGACCCCGGCCUAUCAAACUUAGCCUCUUCUUCCCUAUAGUAUACUGUUUAUGUUCCCUUUUCCUGGUCAUAGUUCCUCUCUACAGUGACACAGUCAGUUCCCUUAUUGGCAUUGGUAUUGCCCUCUCAGGCAUUCCUGCAUAUUAUUUAGGAGUUUAUCUGCCAGUUGAAAAACGACCUAAAUGUCUACAGUGGCUCUCUGCUACAACAACAAAGUAUGUUCAGAUGCUCUUCUACUGUGCUCUGUCGGAUAUAGACAUGGAACCUGCAACAGCUAAGAAUAAAUAGACCUGCCUUGACAUUGAGAAUUGUGCCUUGACAUUUCUUAUCUGGAGUAAUCUUUAUCUUCUGAAGGUCUCCCCAUGUGUUCAGUUACACUAAAGCACUAACCACAGUACUAUGCAUCAGUUUGAUGCCCAUUAAUUUGUGCUUGUUUUAUAAAUCACUCUGUUUUACAAGAUGUUUUAAAAAACCCUGUUAAUAGUGACUUACCAUGUAAUACUUUGAAACUAUACAGCACUGUAUGAACAAACAUUUAUCAGCAGAUAAGUGCUAAAUAGUACAUUAAUCGCAAAAUCAUAUGAAAAAGUAUGAGGUCUCAUCACAAUCCUAACAAAUAAAUAUAUAAAUUUAACAAAAGACAGGCUAUAUAUUUGCAAGAUUCAAAACCUGAGUUAGGAAGUAGAAGCCACAGUGUACUUCUAAAGAUAUAAUUAAAUUCUGGAAAAUGGAAAAAUUUCAUAAUUUAAACUGGUAGACCUGCUUCAAGUCAACAUAUUAUUAGUGUUAAACUACUCUAAUGCAUAAUUCCUUACAUGCAGAGUUUACCAAAAGGAGAAACCCAAAGUUUUUGGUCAUUGAAAUUCUGUGAGAAAUUCUUGUUUAAUGACAUCCCACGUUCAUUACCCUUUUGCAGAAGAGGCAUUUUGAAGAAACAAAUUAGAUCACAGUAACUGAAGCACUUUUGCUUUCCAGCAGAUCAACCUGUCUUGGAAAACUGACUGAAUCAUGUUCCAGCUAGUGCAUAUUCAGGGAAAUCACCUUUUCAUAGUGUCCACUGCUUGCCUAGAAGUAUCAAAGGUGUGACUCCAUGAAUGUACUGAUUUUUUACUGAUUUUUUCCAGAGUGAAACUUAUUGAAGGAAUUCACAAAGCAAAAUUAGAAACUAUUGAUGUUUACAAAAUCCUUUGAGCCCCUGCCCAACCCUUUCAGGCCACACCAGCUCCUGCUGGCAAAGUAACCUGCAGGUCUCCUACUGAGCAUGCAAAAAGCCACCAGCACUGGCUGCCAGGUCUUUUUGUCACCUAAGUGCCUGUUGCACAACACGCAGCCCAGGCAUGUGCACUGGACAAGAGCACCCACCAGUGGAUGCCAUGGAAGAAAAAGGCAGUUAAAAACUAGGACUGAUCUCUUGACCAUUGAGUUUUUCAGUGUGGCACACAAGAAUGUGUAAUGAGUCCUAAUUCUUAGUGCCCUGAAAUGGAAGAGACAAUAACUGUCAUUUAAAAAAAACCAUCAGCCCUGCAACCUAGACCAUAAAAAAACAGCUGCUCCAGCUCUAAUAUGGUUUGCUGAUAUGUAUUAGUGUUUGUUAUCCUUGUUGUCAAGGUGUACAUCCUUUCUGUAAUUAUAUUUGAGUACAGCAUACAUUGUUUCUAAUUUGAAUUUCAACAUUCCUACUCAAUUAACACCACUUAAUGUAAUUUAAUCUUAUACAAGUCCCUGUAGCUUCUAGAAUUAUUGUCUUCUAUUGAUGUCUGCCCAGAAAAGGAGCAAUGGAAUAGGUAAUCAUUGCUACUUAAACCUCCCUGCAUUUCUUCCCUAUUUUGUGAAGUCAUUUGCAGGAUUGUAAUUUCAUGCAUCUCCAACACAGUGGUUGCUGACAGGGCUCCUGUAAAGCCUUAUAUUUGCAUUUCAAUGUCAUCUGCUGUAGCAGUUUCCUUUCAGUGGGGUUUUCUUUUGAUACAAAAAUGAACAAUAAAAAUGCACUAAAUUGAGCUAAACACGAAGAUACCAGAGAAGCAUGCUUUACUUUUUGAAAGCCACCACUUUCAAGAGCUAAAAUCACUUCAGUAUCAUAAUCACAAAACAAAAAGAGGAAAGAAGAACAUCCCCAUGUACUCCACACACACACACCACAUACCUUUUACAGUACAGCACCAUUUUGACCCUGCUCUAUGGCUGUACAGAAAUACUGCCUUUUUGCCCCAUCUCUCACAAAGCACUGGUUAACAACAGAGCCACAGUCCCAGACUGUAUCAGGGCACAAAUAGUACAAACCCUGCAAGUCAAAACUGAACAUGCAAACUAAACAUGACAGUCUUUGCUUCCACAGAGUUCAACCUCAUGCUUGGGGCUGAGCUGUGUGUCACACCAAGACAGCACAGUAUCAUCCUCUGAAGUUCUUCCUUCCAGGACCAAAGUUCCUAAGUGAUUAGUAUAACAAGGGCUACAAAGACCAUUUCCAUAGAGAAUUCUGAGCUCAGCAACUUCUUUGUUUCUGUUUUUUGCCAAAAUCUGUUUUUGCAUGGAUCUGUUAACUCUCUAGGCAUGAUGCACAACUCAUUCAUUUUCUUUCUUUCUGGACAGGAGGAAAGUAGUGGUCAGAUGCAAGGCUAUAAAUGUAAAUAACUUUAUUGAAAUUCUCUAUGGAAUGAGAAAUGUUACUGUGUUUGUUGAUUUUUCCCUCCUUAGAUAUAAUACCUGUAA